GAUGACCUUAGCUUUAGAUACAAACUCUAUGCGGUUGUUUUCUGUUUGUAUUUAGCUUUUGUCUAUCCAUGGCAAAUAGUUGCCAUGCAAAAGCCAAAACCUAAGGCUUUUGAUCGGUAUCUUAGAAAAACUUUAAUUUUUGUUUCUUUCCCAUAUUUACUUUACACAUUUUACAAAUUAUAUGAGGUUUACGGUGUUAGAAACAAGAGUAAAACAACACUUGAAUUAAAGGAAAAUGGAGAACCAGAACCCAAAGUUUCAAGAGCAGAAGGUCUUAGAGACAGAGUUAGCCAGCUUGAAGAAAGGAGCAAAAGUGUACAAGCAGCAGCAAAAUAGCAAUAUCUUCUUCCAAACAAAGACAGAAGAUGUUAUGAAGGAAUGCAAGCAAACUUUAGAAGGUCUUGUUAAAGAAUACAAGUCUUUAGAGAAGCCAGAGUGUGAAAAUGACACUGAAAAUGACACCGAAAAUGACACAACAGAUAUGGAACCAAAGAUGGAAACAGGAAGUUAAUCUACAAUCAGGGAAGUAGGAAAUUAAACUAUCAUCAAGGAAGCAGAAAAGUUUGCCUUUAUGGUCAUUUUGGACAUUGAUUCAAACUUUGACAUUUUUAAAAUUAAUAAUUAUAUUAUAUUUUGAACUGUGUAUAAAGCAUUGUUUUAUUGAAUGAAUCCUAAAAUUUAUAUCAUUUUGUAGAUGAAAUGCCUCGUUUUAUGAGGUUUUCUCAGAAAUAUACAUUUGGUUGUUGUUUUUUAAUUGACAUUAUCAAAGAUCCUAAUUUGUUGCAUUGCAGUUUGUACAAAUUUCAAGUUAACCCUUGAAACCAUAAUAAGUAACUUUUAAAUAUGGUUGACAAUUUAUUAUCUUCCUUCUUAUUAUUAAGAACAUUUUUGUAAAUGCAGUUUUUUUUUUGUCGUAGAUAGAACAAGGUACUGGUAGGUUUAGACCCAUGUUGAACAAUUGUCAAAAUAUUGUAAUAGUGCACAACAAAAUCAUAGAUGCUUUUAAAUGGAUAUUUAUUUUAAUUUAUACAUGUAAUUUAUGUGCAUAAAGUCAAGUGAGAGUUACAUGUACUUGUACAGUUUUGUUUAAUGUCUAAAUUCUCUUAGGUGCACUUGGUUGUAAAAAAAAAAAUGGAAAAAAAAAGAAAAAGAACACAAGGAACGCAUGUACAUGUAUCUGCUAGAUUAAUGUACAUGUAUUUUAUGUUUCAGUGUCAGAUAUAUCUUUGUGAAAAAGUGUGAUAGACCCACUGCAGCAAAAAAAUAUGUACAACUUCAUGAAAGUCAAAAAAAUAAAAAUAUUAUCCUCUCUUGAUCUCCGUUCUGUAAAUCAGUUUCAAUAUUAAUUUUUAUCAAGGAAUCAUUUUGAAAAUUACAAGCUGUGACAUUUUUAA